UUUAUGCGAAGAACGUGCAACUUUGUUAAUGCAUAUAAAAGCCUCGACAUAGCUCACUGUUAACCAUAUUCGAAGCACAGCUCGUUCCAUCAACUCACAUAAUUUGCAAAAACCCAACCAAACCAAGUCUAAGCAAAAUGGCCAAAAUCAUCAUGGUUGUCCUUGCUCUCGUUGCAUGUGCCGCUGCCAAACCAGGAGUUCUUGCACCACUAGCUGCAGCUCCACUCGCUGCUGCACCACUAGCCUACUCAGCUCCUCUGACUGCAGCCUACUCCAGUCCACUUGCCUACUCGGCUCCUCUGUCAUACCCAGCUCCAUUGGCUUACAGCGGAGCGCUCAUUGCUCCAGGCGGCAGCAGUCGCAUUGAUAUCCAGAACAAUUACAAUGCUGCUCUUUUGUCGGCUCCAUACGCUUACGCUCCCCAAGCUUUUGCCGCACCAGCUGGACUAUCUGCCUACAGGACUUCUCCCUUCGCCUACACUGCACCGGCAGCCAGGUUAGCUGCCCCUCUUGCUGCCUAUUCCGCCCCAGCCGCCUAUGCUGCUGCCUAUGGCUACUCCACUCCCUUGGCUGCUGCUGCUCCUCUCAGAUAUACAUCUUCACCCCUUUUGUUGUAAGACUGUCAAAAGUCGCGUUAAAGUCGUGUAGAAGCUGUAAAAUAUAAAUAAAAAUAAAGCACCCUUCCCUUUUUAGUCGUAGAAAGCA